CCUCUGGCAUGGACAGCCUCGACCUGCUGGACCUCCUCUUUGACCGCCAGGAUGGGAUCCUCCGCAGUGUGGAGUUGGGGACGCCGCCAGGCACUUGGCACGAGGACGGGCAUGCCCAGGACAGCGAGGACUUCCUCAGCUCCAUCCUGGGCUCUGGGGACUCAGCGUCGGACUCACCCAGCUGGUCCCCAGCUGCCAGCGACAGUGGGGUCUCCGAGGACCCCCCCUCUGACCAGCUCGACAGCCCCCCCAGAUGCUGUGAUGGGGGUCCCAGUGAGGUCCUGUACCCCUACACCAACCCCUGUCGGGCUCUGUCCCUCCCAGGGGGGACUGGGGCCCUGCACCCCGAGGUCUCCAUCGAUCUGGACAUGUGGCACCCCGGCUUCUUCCUGGAGGAGAGCCAGGACCUGCCCGUGGUCUCCCCGCCCGCAUCCUGCACCCUCACCGUCAAGGACCUGCUGCUCUCAGGCAGCUCUGAUGCCCAGCCGCAGGUGCCCGGCUCCCUGCUGAGGCAGAGCCAGGGGCAGUUCCAGGAGCUGGUGCUGACCGAGGAUGAGAAGAAGCUGCUGGCGAAGGAGGGGGUGUCCCUGCCCACGCAGCUGCCCCUCACCAAGUAUGAGGAGCGGGUGCUGAAGAAGAUCCGGCGGAAGAUCAGGAACAAGCAGUCAGCUCAGGAGAGCCGCAAGAAGAAGAAGGAGUAUAUUGACGGGCUGGAGAGCCGGAUGUCAGCGUGCACGGCCCAGAACCAGGAGCUGCAGAGGAAAGUCUUGCACCUGGAGAAGCAGAACUCGUCCCUCCUGGAGCAGCUGAAGAAACUUCAAGCCCUCGUGGUACAGUCAAGCAACAAGGCAGCGCAGACGGGAACCUGCAUCGCGGUCCUGCUCCUGUCUUUCGCGCUCAUCGUUUUCCCCUCCAUCAGCCCCUUUGCCCCCAGCAAGGCCGAGGCAGACGGCGACUUCAGACCUGUGCGAGUUUUCUCCAGGUCCCUGCACAACGCAGCUGCCUCCCGCGUGGCUUACACACAGCCCCAAGCUGGGGAUGAGAAGCCCCCAGAGCCGCUGUGGCCAGAGCACCUGGGUGAAGCCCCCGAGACCCUGCACGAAGCCUUUGGUGGCCGCACAUUCACCCCACACCUGGACAAAGUCUCCCCCCAUAACGGCACACAGCUGCUUGCCUCAGAAGGGCUGAGCAGCAGGGAUGGGGAUCAAGCUGACAGCAUUUCAGGGGAUGGCACCACACCGCACGGUGGCCUGGCAUCGCUGGCCUGGACCGAGGCUGGCCACAGCAGGCCCACGGUGCUGGAGCCGGCUGAGGAGCUUUAA